GAGUUGGGGAGGAGGGUUCCCAUGUGAGAGAAAGAAGGAGAAGCGAGCCCGCCCAGCCCCGCGCGACCGUCUCUCGGGAGGCGGUUGCUCGAUAGCGGCGCCUCGCGCGCAGUGGCCCGAAGGUCCCAAGAGGCGCUUCGCUCGCUCGCUCGCUCCCUCCCAGGCUGGGCUCUGGCGGUUGCUUGUGAGGAGGCGGUCCCAGAGGAGGAGCCGGGCAGCUCGUUGAGAGCCGCCCCGCUUCGUCAGCCAGCCAGCCAGCCAGCCAGCGCCGCUUCCCUUUUUUUCUGUGGGGCGCGCUCGGAGCGCCUGACGGCCGUUGCCUCCUCUACCGACUUCCUCACUUCGGCUCCCCAUGGCCGGCCGCGGGGGGUUUCCUCUCACGCCGCCGCCGCCGCAGCCCGGGGGCCCCCCUCCGGUUGCUUCGGCGGCGCUGUCCGCCCUUCCUCCGCCAGCUCCGGGGCUUUUGCGGGGACCCAGCCCGGCCGGGGCCACCCCGUACCGGGCCAUGGGGCACGCGCCUCCGUUCCAGGUAAAGCGGGGGCGGCGGGGCACGUGCUCGCGCGCGUGUUGUGUGUUGUGUUGUUGUUGCGGGUCGCGCUCGAAAGUGCCGCGGAAGGAGCGCGAGGUGGAGGAGCAAGCACGUGGGGACGUCGGGGUUUCGAAACACGUGAAGGGAUCGUGGCAGUUUGUGCGUGAGAGAGAGGAGGAGGGAGGGAGGGAGCAAUGCAGGUGGGGGAUACACGUGGGAUAGCUAACUCCCUGGAAGGGAGACGUUGCCGUUCCAGGAGUCGGAUAUGGGGGUUCAAGGGGGGCGGCUUGCGGGGAGGAGAAAAGGAACGUGUGAAUGGCUGGGUAUGACAGAUCGGUGAGGGCAGCAGGUAAGAAGAGUUUUUAUCUAAAAGGCCUCCUGGCAGAAGCGAGUUUAGGAGCUGUGCGUGCGGCCACAUGGAGAGGGUCUGGACUGUAUUUGGCAGGGACGUCCCAGUGUUGGGAUGGUUGCUGAGUCCGAGAAGUUGGAGCAAUAUCAGAUAGCGUCUGCUGAGACGGAAAGGCAUUUGGGGGUUGUGGGAGAGAAGCAACUGUGAAACUUCCGGCUGGAAUCUGAAUUUGUACUUUUUCUUUUUCUUUCCUUUCUUCUUCUCCUUUUAAACCCAACGUGUUUUGGUCAAGUUUAAGUUGCCUUGUUUAAUGUACUGUACUUUUAAUGUGUGGUGUGCUUUUAAUAUAUAUAAAAUAUAUAUAAUCUAGCCAGUUAGUUUAUGAUGGCUUAAGUAGUUCAUUUUAAAGUCUUAUGUACCCUCAAACUCUCAUAAAGGUAAAGGUAAAGGGACCCCUGACCAUUAGGUCCAGUCAUGGCCGACUCUGGGGUUGCGGCGCUCAUCUCGCUUUAUUGGCCGAGGGAGCCGGCAUACAUCUUCUGGGUCAUGUGGCCAGCAUGAUUAAGCCGCUUCUGGCGAACCAGAGCAGCGCAUGGAAACGCCAUUUACCUUCCCGCCAGAGCGGUACCUAUUUAUCUACUUGCACUUUGACAUGCUUUCGAACUGCUAGGAUGGCAGGACAAACUCUCAUAGUGGUGCUUAAAAUCUAAACAUAAAUUGGAGGGGGGACGGGUCAUUGAAGGAAACUGAGGUCUUAGGUUGACACUCAAAAGUAGGUGUCUCUGAACGGAGGUGGGGAAAGUUUGCUAUGCAAACUAAGGGCUUCUCAAUGAAAUCCUGUGUAUGACUCCAGGUGGGAUUUAGAUUUCCAGCCUGUGAAAGUCUUGCAAUGGUUUUGUGCAGCUGGAGGCUUGGAUUGUGUGGAGAUGUAGAAAGCGUACAAUCAAAAUGCUGGUUUUUGUUCUCUAAGCACCAGGUGUGACAACUAGCUAUGAAGGCAGAGCUUGUAUCUGUUGAUUGAGUUUAUCAGAACUUGAUGUAAAGAGCCACAUGGGCUUUCUUAAGCAGGUAAGGAGAAGAGCUUAUUUAUUGCAUUUAUAUCACACCCUUUUCUCCAAAAAGUACAUGGUCCACACACCCCUCCAUAAUCUCCAUAACAACCCUGUGAGGUAGGUUAAGCAAGAGGCAAUGACUGGCCCAAGGUCACCUAGUGAGCUUCAUAACUGAGUGGGAUUUGAACCCUAAUCUCUCAGGUCCUAGUCUGAUGCUCUUAACCACUACACCACACUGGCUUCCUAGAGUACUUCUGCUAUAGGGCAGCUAUAUAAAUUAAGUAGGUAAAUAAAUAUAGGGAAAGCAUAAUGUCACUUAGAGAAAGAUCUGAAAUAUUUUCCUUGAAGCUUGAAUUUGUACUUUUUGGCUUGUGGCUCAGUCUGGAGCAGAAUUCCCAGCCGCAUUCCGCUUUCCCUACCACCCAACCUUUGAUUAUAAAAGUCUUUGUAUAUUAGAAGAGUUGUAUUCUCAGCAGUUCUUGAAGUAAGGAGAUAGUAUUACAAUCUUAGGUGGCAGACUGGGGAGCGGGGGAGGGAACAAUGACACGCAGCAAUAAUGACAAAGGCGGAGGGACUUCUGGAGGUUAAAAAUAUUUUGUUGGUUUAGAGAAGCACACUAUGGGUACAUCUUCAAGACUGACAGAUGUAGAUCAGUUGUCCCUUAAUGCAGCUUAAAGCACUCUCCUGUGCUUCCAAAUAGGAUGAAAAGAGUGCCAAGAGGGAUUUUGUCACAUGCUUUAAAAGCAUGCUGCAAGCAUAAAAGUAGGGAUUUUGGUACAUCAAGCCUGUACAAUUUCUAAACCACUAAUCUAAAUGCAGCCCACCAGCCAUGCAUAGUGGCCCUCCAGAGAUUUGCCAAAGUACCUUGUCCUACUCUGUGCUUUCAACUGCAAGAACUGGCGAGGAGUAGUGAAUACCUGCCUGGCUACAGUACGUGGGCAUGGGGGGGGGGCUGCAUUCAGCUUGGUGGGCCAUCAGUUGUGUAGGCCUGUAAUAUGUGUUAGUUGUUGUUAAUACAGAAUCAGGAAAUGGUAGUUACUGCAGAUUAAUUUGCCCAAAAUACAAAAGUAUGGUCCAGGGUGCUCCUUUUAUUUUUGAUGCUUUCCUUUUGGAAUUGUGUUAGUCGAUUCCAUUUUUCAAAAGGCCAGAAAAGACGCCCAAAAUCACCCAAGGGAAUCAAAGUAGCAGCAAAUAAAGUAGGAAAACACCAUAUGGUUCUCUAUACAAUGUUUUUGCAUUACAAAUGUGUUGAAUAAAACACUUUUUAAAGGGGGAAAUUCCUUUACAAAUCUUUUCAGUGCUCAUGGCUAAAAGAUUUCUUCCUAUUUGAGAUAAGUCAGUAGGACCUGUUCAUAAACCACCUAAAAAGGUAAAGACUUGUCAUUCAGACAGUCACAGUUUUUGAGGUCGUUUUGAUCUGUGCUGUCUUAUCUUAGGGGAGAAAAUUUGGCUAUGAUACUAAAAGGAAAAUACUGCCUUGUCUUCUAUAUCAGCACUGUGUGUGUGUUUCACACACAACCACAUAAGUGCUUCACAGAGCAAUCCUAUGCGUGUUUAGACAGAAUUAAGUCUUACUGAUUUUGUCGGGACUUGCUACCUAGAAGGUAUGCACAGGAUUGCAGCCUUAGUUUGACAGAGUCAGUGUGGGCCACAGGGUCAGUUGGGCUUGGAUUAAAAGACCUUGAUUUCAGUAUUUGCUUCUUCCAUUAAUUCAUUUUGCAGUCUUGGGCAACACACACACACACACACACACACACACACACACACACACUGAGCCUUAGUUCCUCUUCUGCAAAAUAUAAAUUGUAGGAGUGAGCACAAUACAGUUGGUACAGAAUUUAGCAAACUAAGGAUGCAAUAUAAAUUUGUAGUAGGCCAACUAUUAUUUGCUUCAUUUUGUUUGAAUUAUUUUCCUAUACUGUAAUUACUAGUGGUAUUAAUAACAAAGGAUCUGGUGUCACUUUAAAGACCAACACAUUUGUUGUGGUGUAAGGCUAAAAGCUUUCACAUACCACAGUCUAUUUCAUAAGGUACAUGAAAUGCAGUCCUAAAGUGGCAAGCAUAUCUACCCAUGGUUGGCAUGGGAGUGAAGUCAAUGGAAUAAAAUGCAAAAAGAGCAGUGACAGUUACCUAAAAGCAAAAUAAUUGUAGUGACCAAAUAACUAGGCACUGUUUGUGAUAACACAGUCAUCCUGACAUUUGUUAGCUAAUUAGCAUAUACACGUGUGUUUCUUUUUUUAAAAAAAACCACAAUCUUGAGUCAAGCCCCAGGUGGCAGGAUUGAAUUGCCUGAUAACUCAGAAUUCAGCAGUUUCACACUGAACAUUCAAGGAUAGCCACCUUAAGGUCAGUUAAAGAGUAUUCUGAUAGGUUAAAAUGUUCUCUAACUGGUUUGUGGAUAUUGCCAUUUCUGAUGUUGGAUUUGUAUCCCCUUAUUUUGUUGAAUAGAUAUUGAACUGUUAGUCCUGUGUAGAAUGCAAAAGAGCAUUUGUCCAGACACUUGCAACAUGCAGAUUUGCAUUGAGACUGCAAUAAUACUCACCCACUGAAAUAAUAAUUUAAAAAAAGAUUAAUGAAGUUGGACUGGUACCCAGGAAUAAGACAACCUAAGGCAGCUACUUACCAGCAACACCAGGCCACAGACACAAUCACAGGGUCCAGACUCUGCAGCAAACAUGCCAAUUGUGUCCUCAUACCUUCCCAGGAAACUCUGUUAUAGGGCCUAAUAAUAAUCCAUAACGUAAUGGGUUCAUUCAUUAGCUCAGCUUCUGAUGUGAUAUAUGGCACCAGCUUUUUCAAGUAAUGCUCCUCUGAAUGUUUAUUGCAGUCAACGCAUUUUGGAGUGGAACUUCCUUCUUCAGGAGCAAACUUAGACUGUUUGAAGCAACUUACACAAAUAUUGCUGCCUAUCUGGCACCAAAGGAACGGUUUCCUUAUAGUGACAGAUAGGCACCAAUAUCUUUGUGUAAGCUGCUUCUGAAUGUCCAAGCUUGCUCCUCAAGAAGGAAGUUCCACUUCAAAAUGUGUUGACUUAAGGCAGCUUACAGAUAAAAACAAGAACCGCUAAAACCAUAGAAGCAAUGAUUAAAAAACAAUUAAACAUGGAUAGAAUCUAAAACUAUAUACAUAUAUAAAAUAUAUUAAAACUGUAAUCUAUUAAAACCAAAAGUAAUAGUGCCUAAAAGUCUGCUAGGCACUUCUGCAAAGAUAAGCAGGUAUUUGUUCGAAGCAACUUUCAUACAAAAGAAAGAAGGAAUGGCAGAAAUAUGCACACAGUAUCCCAGUUCAUGCAUAAUGGUAAGCCAUUGUCAGAAAUAAGCCAUGAGUUACUGUGGACAAGCAGUGCAGGUGCUGGCUAGUCUGUUGUUCCCGCUUUGCUCUGCCCUGUCUGCCUCCACGAGAAACAAACCACAGUGCUUUACUUAGUGUUAUGUGUGAACUGACACUCAUGUUUGUUUUUUCCAAACAACCCACAAGUGGAAGCCAAAGUUUGUUCAUGGCUCACCACCACCCAUGGUUUGUUACUCCUGAACAAACUGUAAGUUCACCUAAUGCCAGAUGAAGCCUCGUGGUUUGGUUCUGUCAGAGGCAGAAUGGAUUGGUUGAGCUAACAUGCUCAAUCUUUGGGUCAGAAACUUUUGUUUUGGAAAAAUCCUUGGUACAUGAGGAUGUUUGUGCGCUUUUAACAUUCCUAUGAUGUGGGGACUAACGGACAACAAAAGUGGAUCAUCUGAGCCCUUGUAGUUGAAAAGAUAAUUAUAUUCCAAGGCUGGAAAGAUAAAUACCCACUACCCAUUACUCAGUGGUGUGAAGAUCUUACUGCCCUUUCUGCCUUUGAGCAUAUAUUGUGCCCAUUCAUAUAUCAUAUCAAUUGUCUAUCUUAACAUACCACAUUUAGGAAUAGUGGAUUGUUAUUGUGGCAUUGUGUGUUUUCUUUCUGUUCUUACUUUUAAAAAAAGAAAGAAAGAAAAAAGAGCAGCAACUGCCAGCAGAUUACUCCUUAUGGUAAGCCAUGGUUUAUUUCUGACCAUGGUUGUUGUAUGCUUUUGAGGCCAGUUAUAUGUUCCAAACUCUACAAGCUGCUUUCAGUUAUUGUUGUUUUUACUUAAAAGAGAGAAACACUUUAAACCAUGAAGCAAUUUAAAUUGUGUAACAUACUGUUUUAAUUUUAACCUAAUACAGUGUAGAUGAAAAAUUAUAAAGUGUUUUGAUGGAGGAAGAACGACAUGGAACGAAAAAGAUAGAAUAAGAGUUCUGGGGACUUAUGAGUAGCGUCGGAUGACUGAAUGAGUUCAAACUAAAGCAUUAUGGAAGUAAAAUAUAAGGAGUUGCUGAACUUGUGCAGAGCUUGUAUAGCAAGAUUAUUACCUCAGAACACUGAAGGUAAAAAUCGCGGGGUGGUAUCCAGCCACAUCAUACCUGGAGCACACCCACUGAAAUCAAUGGACUUAUGUAAUUUCCAUACCACUGAUGUAAAUGGUUCUGUGCUGAGUAUUGACUUGGUUGGAUAUUGCUAAUUAGGAACAGCCUUCAAAAUAGGUAAUCAGGGAAACAAGACCUGCAUUUUCAAAAAGAUAGCUCAAAACAUUUAUGUAUGAGUGUUGAGUGGGCCAUUUGAGUCUCCAGAUGUCCUCUUGUUGAUAGGACUGGAGAAAUGUCCAUAAUGACAUGUCUUGACUCCUUGUCUCAACCCUCAAAAUAAUAAUAAUAAUAAUUAUAUAUAUAUAUAUAUAUACAUAUAUAUAUAUAUAUAUAUAUAUAUAUACACACACACACACACACACACACAUGCGCGCAAUGUGGAUAUAUUAGAUACCUAGGAAUGACAGUCCUUCUCUGGAGUUGUCUGCCUCCUUAAAAUAAACCAUUUUGUGUUGGGGUUCUAUUCCUCCCCACUCCCACUGCCCAGAAGCCCAUUCUGCCCCACUCUUCCAGGUCCUAAAGGACCCAUGCGUCAGCAGUUGCACAUCAAUUGGACACAUGCAAAAUGGUCACCACCUUUACAGGCAAGUAAGAAUAGCUCCUCACACCCCACAAACCUUUAAAAUCACAUUGUCUUUAAGCCCAUAUUCGUUUGUAAAAAUUGCAGUGCCAGUUCCUUUUUUAUGUUAUUUAUUUCAUUCAGAAAUAACUUUCUGACUACCAGAGAUCAUGGGUCCUCCCCCAAGAUCAUCUGAAUCAACACUGGUUGCUGUUAGCUUAACUCCAAGCAAAAUCCUAGGUAUGUCCCAAUAACUUUCUUUUGAGAGUAUUGAAUGAAUUUAAGAUUUGGGUUUAACUUUUCCUCAAAAAAGCAUUUUUCUGUAUUAUGACACUGCAGUUAGCAUUCGGCUUAGAUGGCGCUUUUUGUAGUACGCUGUGUGGUCUCCUGAUUUUAUGCUUGUAUCCCAUCAUAAUGUGAAUUAUUGUGCACGGGAUACUGGGGUAAGGGACUGGACUUAAUGGCCUGCUGAUCCCUUCCAGCCCUAUUCUUUUGUAACUGGAACUGGCUUCUUAGCAGUCUCUUCAUGCUGUGAAAGUAUUAACAAAGACCAGCAGACAAGCAUCCCUAGUGGUUAGAAUUUGAGGACAUUGGCUUAGUUGUUGCAUCAAUUUCAGACAAUGGGAGGUACACACUUUGUGAAUAUUGGGUGCAUCCCAUGUGAGGAGUGCUAGCUUUGCUUUUCAAAUGGAGACAGUUUCAAAAGUCUGGUGUGGAUUUUUAGCAGUGAGAGAAACUGUGCCUUCAAGUCCCUGCACUUCCUUUGGAGGUGGUAAUGCUUCUGUAACAAGGAAGCCGGAAGCAGAAGCAGCCAAGUACAGCAGUUUCAGCAAGUAUCAGCCUGAUGAACCUGCUAUCUUGUGCUCUGCAAGCCUCUGACUAGAGGGAUGGAGCAGGAAAUAAAUGUACUACGUGGGAUAGGGAAGAUGAAUUAGUACAUGCAUUAGGGAACGUUUCUGAAGGCAUGGGUGCUUCUUGAAGCCUUUAACAGAGAGUACUUGCAUAUUUUCAUUAUGAGGGCCAGACAUAUUUUUUAAGUCCCAGCUGAAAUUCACAAGAUGCAGUUCUGUAAGCAGAAUCUUGGAAAUGCAUUUCCUUGGAUGAGUUUUAAAUAUGACUCAAAUGUUUGAUACCAUACACAAGUGUCUAGUGGGCUAACCUUUUAAUGUCAAGUAUUUUAUUACUCGCUUUUCUCUUCUUUCCUUGGUCUUCCUGCUGUGACUUUGGAUUGCAUUAAACCUGAGAAAACCGUUAAUGGCAACUGAAUGCUGACUCACCCGUGUUGCUACUUAAGUAAAUGCACAGGGUGGCAAUUAGAUUAGAUGGCAAUUAUUAGAUGGCGAGCAGAAUCUCUGGCUGUGGUUUUGUGUUGGAGAAGGACUGAGACUUACCUACCAUGGGACUGGCAUAUUAUUGCUGUGUAGAUGCACCUUCUAAGGAAACUUCAGCAUAAACCACUUUGUGUGACGUUUGUGUUCAGUGUCUUUCACACUUUCUAACAACUUGCAGAUGAAAAGAAGAGCUGUCUUGUGUACUAGUAAACUCCCUGUUCUUCCAUCAAUGAUUACAUGUUCCAGAGACUAGAGGGAGAAGGGGGCUGAAACCGUAAGGACACUCUAGAAUUUUUUCACAGGCUUCUUCAACAUCAUUCCCAAAGACAAAUGAAGACAGUGCUGUAUGAGAGACUGGUACGGAAAAUAGAGAUUGUCCUCAGUAAUCGGGGCAGUAGUUUUCUUUCUGUGCCUUUUAAAUCCUAUCUCUUCCCACUUUUCCUCUGUUCAGUGUUUUCAAUACUGUAGUUCCUCAGUAGCUGUGCUGUCAUAUCAGAUGCUGUGCUUGAGAUGGUAUUUGUGUGUGUGUGUAGUUUUACACAGAGAGGAGUAGACGAGUGACUUACGGUCACCUGCAGCCCUAUGAUUCUGUGGCCAGGAAGAACCACAUUCUAAGCCAAGGAAAUGGUCCUAAGCAUUUGCUGUAAUCAGAAACUUGUAAAAGAAAGUAGCAGCUCUUUUAAAACUGCAGAUGGUUGUCUUAAUUCCUUGGGGGAGAUGUGGUGGCAAUUGAGACCUGCUCCUGUCUGAACUGAGUGUUCCUCUUGGGGGUAAGAAAAAACAUGCUGCAGCUGAACACGUAGCUAAGACCGUUGUUUCCCAGUGGAUGUUUGUGGUUUUGAACAAUAACAAGCAGACAAAUAUAUAAAUUGCCUAUGUACGUAUAAUAGCCACAUCUAAGCUACCUAGGCAGCUGUGCAGAAUAAUUUCAAGUCCAUAAAAUUAUAGGAGACCAUCAGAUUCAUCUUCCACAGAACAAGGCAGAAUCAUCCACACACAUCUUGUUAUGUGUCAACUCUCACAUUCCAUAUUACAAGGAGAAAACAAAUACAUUGUAAAUGGUUCAAGCAAGUAAGUCACACAUUGCUGGGAAAGGUACAUAUGUGCUGGCACAUCCUUUCUCUUACUGUUUCUAGGAUUUCAUUUGACCUGGGGAGGUUCCCCCUCCCCCAAGUGGUAGCAAUUGGAGCCAUUUCACACACUGCACAGUUGGCCACAUUAUACAUUCAUUCAGCUUACCUAUUCAAUGCAGAUGUUUGCAAACACAUCUUUAUCACACUGACACUGUACAUGUUUAGAUGCACACUUAAAAUUUAUUGCACGUGCCCCUAAAAUUGAAAUAUGUGGAGAGGCUUUUUCCUGCCCGUGACAGAAAACCCAUCUGCAAAGUCUUCCCAAGGAAAUUCUCUCGUUGGUGUGGAGGUAUGGGAUCUCAGCAGGAUUUCACAGAGCGUGACCUUUGUGUAGCAAAUAGGAGAACUUGCUUUUUAAAAGCAUGUGGAUGAGACAAAAGGCAUCUAUCAUAAAUGACCACUUCAAAGGGUCCAGUUGCCUUUAACUAUAUGAAUGUGGGCAGUGAUGUAGCUGAUAAAAGAGGGGGUGAAGAGAGAAUGUCGCGUAUAAAAUGACACAGCCAAGCAACAGCGGAGUAAUGAAUAUUGCUCCAUUUGUUUGAAGAAUGCUGGGGAUUAACUGCACACCGUCCUUUUCCUCAGCCAAAGUCAACACUGGCCCAGAAUAUGUAGUAAUUGAUUAGAGAAAGGAGGGAAGAAAUAAUUGUGUUGAGGGAGGAGCCUCUUGUUAAGAGGGGUAGUCUGGGAAAUUGGGAGGAUGCUGGUUAUUUAUGAAUCUGCUUGCUAGAAUUGAACCUCAAAGGUCCUUGGAGGGGUAACAGAUGCUUGGUUGUUUGUAGCAUAUUAACAUGCUUUAUAAAUCUUUGGUAAUAAGUGGAGUUUAUUUAACAGCAAAAUAACAGUCCAGAGACUUAUAGACCUGUAUACAUGCUGCAAUUUCUGUUUGGGAAAUCUGCAAGGAAAGUGAUUUCACAAUCUCUCUGGGCAACUUAUUCCGUCACCGACUUGGUGCUCCUGUAGUUUGGAAGUUUAUCUCCAGUUGCAACCUAUAUCUGCCUUUUGGUGCUUUACAGCCAUUGCCACUUGUAGCAUCUUCCGUGGAUGGCAGUAAUCAGCAUUUAUGUAGCAUGUUUCACAUACCGGUACAUUAUCGUCGUAAUUUUUACCUUGUUAAGUAGGCUAAUGUUAUUAGCAUCGCUUUUCGUAGAGUCUACAAUACCCCUGUUGUAGAUAGAAAGGAGGAAGGGAGCCGAAGCUGAGACUGUGUGGCUUAAUCUGACCCACAGAACAAAUUCAUGGCCGAGGUGGGAUUUAGUUAACUGUGACUCCCUCCUGCCUGACAACGUUUCAGAUGCUUGAAAACAGUCAACAUAUCUCCUUUCAUCUUUGUUUCCAUAAGUGAGCAUACCCAUUUCCUCCAGCAGCCUUUCUAUGCAUGACUUGUCUCCUGCCUGUUCUCGUGCUCAUAAUGUUCCCUUUGAAUGUUUUUCUCCAGUAUUCGCUGCUGUGGGCAAUCCUUUCACUGUUGGACUUGUAUGGUGCUGCCCAACCCCCUUUGCCUGAGUUCUGUUUGGGAGUGGCAGUGGACUAGAGGCUCUGCCUGGGCCUGCUGGGGAGGGAUGAAAUGUUGCCCUGCUGGCUUGGUGGCUUUGGCAGCUGCGUUAGCUCCUUGGCAGCAGACGCUUGUUUCAGAUCCCACAGGGCAAGGGAGUGCAAUCCCUUCUGAAGCAGGCUCAAGAGGGCAGGUGUGUAUGUGUGCGCAUACACAAUCAAAUGCCCCUCAAAGGACUUAAUAAACAAGCCCUGUGCAUAGGUAACCUGAGCUAAGUGCAGCUGUGAAUCAUGGCAGAUCCAGCAUGUGCUUUUCCAAUCAAAUUAGCAGUUGCCCCCCAGAUGUCGGGUUGCUGAAUUCAGUCCUAGACAAGCCUUUAAUAAUUACAAGGGCCGGAGAAAUGUGAGCAGUGUAGCUUCUCUUGAUAAUGAGCCCAACAGUUGGCAGAGUUUCUCCUUUUUAUGCAGUUCUGCACAGAACUAUUAAGUGUGGAAGAGCCAAGUUUUGUCUGGUGAUCCUGGGCCUAGUCCUUAGAGAAAUGGCUCCAUGGCGUACUGGUGGCAAAGAGUGGCUCAGAGACUCUGUCAUUAAAGUUGUGGAUGACAACAGGCAAACUUACUUAAAUGUAAUUAUAAGUGCUAGCAUUUUUGCUUCUGCUACUUAAAUCACCUGGCAGUCCUAGAUUGCUGCCUUGCAGAACAUCUCCAGGAGAAGAAAAGACUAAGGUGUAAACCCAAACAAAUCUGGAGUGGAGUCCCAGAGGCGGUUGGAUGGUAUCUUGUCAUCUGGGCAGCCCAGGACCUCCAUACACACUGCCUAGGCCAGGCAUAGGCAAACUCGGCCCUCCAGAUGUUUUGAGACUACAAUUCCCAUCAUCCCAGACCACUGGUCCUGUUAGCUAGGGACGAUGGGAGUUGUAGUCCCAAAACAUCUGGAGGGCCGAGUUUGCCUAUGCCUGGCCUAGGCUGUCCCGGGGAGGUUGCUUCAGUACUGCCAACACAGCAAAAACAACACGGGAGGCAGCAAUUAUGAGUUACCAGUCCCUGCAGCCGUAGCAGGCACUGUGAUUCUCCAGCAGUUUGACUUCACCCCCGAGGUGCACUCCAUUGUCUCUUGAAACAGAUGGAUGCCAACAAAGUCUUAGAUAGGGUACAGCAUGCUGACAGUGACCUAAUUUGCAUAUAAUGCUAGACUAAACCAUAGCAUAGUGUUAUGUGUGAACCCUACCUGGAAGCUAUGGUUUGUUUACCACCAGCAUACCUUGGUCUGAAGCUAUUGCUUGUUGGCUUAUGGGACUUUGGUUUGGUUUAAUGAAGACUUAGGGUCAUGUGCCUCGGUAGAGCAGAAAGUAAAAAAGCUGAUCCUCACUAGGUGCAAGAAACAAUGAGUGAUGAUCAAGGCUGGCCAAAAUCUGUGGUGGUGAAUUACAAUGUUUUGCCAAAUGACCCAAGUUUGUUACAAACACCUGAUGUGAUUCUGCUGUUUGACUUGUGUAACUUACAAAAGAUCCUGGUGGUAUUGUUAUCCUCUGUUAGUAUGGUUGGCAGUUUCUAUUGUGCAAAUGUUUCAGGUGAGUUCAAAAAGCUUUGCAAUAAGUCUCUGCAAUAGUAACUUAUAAAGUGCUAUAGAAAGUUGAAAGUGCUUUGUGCAUGUUCCUGGGAUUCCUUAAAGUAGCCAUUCAGAGUAGUUCAGUAUUACACACAUACUGCAGGCAGGCUACUGUUGACUUUGUGGUUUGAAAUGAGAUUUGAACUGGGGUUUUCCUAGUCCACAGCUCAGGCUCUUAGCCAGUAUGUUACACCCACAGUGUGUGCAUCUCCAAGGGUUCUAUGGGAAUGUCUAGGCAGGGGAAACCUGUAAAGGAAUCUGCAGAGGGACCUCUCUUGUGCAAGAGGAAUAAUCUCACCUGUUGGGUAGAGGGGAGGGUCUUGCCUGCAGUUUUUGUUUGGCUUUGGUUCAAUGGUAAUGUUCUUGGGACACUGGAAAGUGUUAAGGGUGUGAAUGUUUGUGGAGGAACGUUCAUCUGAGUGCAUUCAAGAAUAGUAAAGCAUUUUAGACUUUUCUCCCCAAGUGCUACCUGAAACUGGAGCUAGAGGGCUGUAGCCUCUUGCACUCACCUUUCCAUACCAUCCAUCAUUAGGCGUAAAUUUUGUUUUUAUCUGAUCAAAACAAGUUAAUCUGAGAUUCUUAAAUGUGGGUUAAUGACCCAACUGAUUAUUCAUGUUCUUAUAUUUAUAACUGUACCACCAGCAGCAGAAAGCCACCAGAUGUGCCAGGGCGGGGUGGGCUGAGGUUGUUCUUCCCAACAGAAAACCAUUUUUGCUCCAUUGUCCAUGUAGGCCACCAACUUAGAUUAGAGGUUAAGAGAGUGCCUGCUUCCUCUUUCAUGUCAUUCUUUUGAGCACAUAGCAGCUGGGCUUGUCUGCUAAAUUCAGGAGAGGGUUCCUAUACCUCCUCCUAUACACAGAAGGAUGAAUGCUGGGAAGUGCAUCUUCCCCUGGCAUAUCAUGGUGAUGUGAGAAAUAUGCCUACCUCAAAUGUUUGCCAUCUGUACAAUUUUUAACGGCACAAAGUAAAUGUGGCAAAGGUAAGUACAGCUGUUACUUAGCAUUCUUGCAGUCUUCCGUCAUUUCUUCUCUUCACACUCAUCUGUACUACAAACUUAAAGCUGGUUUAAUUGCCAUGGAUGCUCUAAGAGCUAUAGUUUCAUAAGAACUCCGUGAACUCUCUUAAAGGUGCCUGUCUUUCCUCUCUGUCCGUGAUCUACAUUCCCAAGCGGUUCUUUGGAAUACCAUUAAAACAGUUUGCGUUUUUAAUGUGCCUCUGCCUGUUGCACUUUGCCCUGCUAUGGGAAGUAGAGUGACUUCAGCCAAGCGGCUGCCAAUGAACUCUGGUGCGUACAGUGCCUAGUUUCCUAGAAUGUCUUUUGUUUUCUCUUGCCAGCGCCCUGGGAUUCUGCCUGGUGGCCGGAUGCCCAUGGCAGGAUUGCAAGUGGGAUCCCCCUCAGGGCCUCUGUAUGGAUCACCUUCUCCAAUGAGACCUGGAAUGCCACAGUCCAUGAUGGAUCCGUUCCGGAAGCGCCUGCUUGUUCCACAGACCCAACCGCCUCCAUCACUAUCCCAAAGGCGAGGGUAAGUGCAUAUGUGUCUAAGUGAUUUGAGGGGGGUGAAUGUAGAAUAUAGGGUGAGACUGUAUUGGUACUAUUUCCAAAUAAGAUCAAUUUCCUAGCCAUCCUGUCUCUACAACAUACGUAAAGUAGCCAGCUCCCAUUCUUCAUUAGACAACUUCCAGUGUCUCCACACACACACACACUACUUUACCACACCACUGCUUACUAUUUUGGGUUUGCGUUCAAGAAGAGAGAUUGUUUUAUGUACCUGACCCCCCUUAAUAACCACUAGUAAUCCUCUCUCAGUCCAUUUUGGAAGUUGAUUAUAUUCCUGGCCAUUGUGGUAUGCUUUUGCAGUGAGAUCCAGAAAAAUCUAAGAAAUUCCAUGAUGCAAAAGUGUUUCCUUGUUGAUUAAACUUGUUAACUGAAGUACAGAGUUUAGAAAGAGCAAAAAUACACUUCUCAGCCAGACAAAACAGAAGGGAGUGUGCAGAUAUUGGCUAUUAGCUGACAGGCUGAGCGAAUACCAAAAAAAUGUGCUAUGUUGGAGCUUACCAGACCUUUUGGUAUCUAGAACAAAGAGGGUUGUUGCAAACCAUAAGAUGCUGGUGCAUAUUGAAACACACACAGCAAUGUUAUCCACUAGCCAUGUGUCAAGAUCAUGGUGCAGUUUUGGCUAGCUGUUAUGAGGUAUAUUCAUAUAAUUGUUGGCACCAUUCAUUCCAACACCUUAUAUCUACCAGAUGGUGGGUCUUGACUGAGGCAUUAUCACAUUUAUACCAAGUGCAGAUCUAGUGGUAAAAAUAUAGUGCUGAUAUUACUCUUCACUCCUGCAUCCUGGUUUGUCCUCUAAGCCUGACUUGACUCUGGUCUUGACUUCCAAUUUUAUUCCUCUGGUCUCUAGGCUCUUGAUGGCUUGCUCAUCUCUAGUUACUGCCUACACUUGCUGACAUGCAGCCCAGUUAUAUGCAUAUAUACUUGGAAGUAAAUCCCACUUAGUUCAUUGGGACUCUCCCAAAUAAGUGUGUGUAGCAUUGCAGAUUUGGCAGCAGAAGUACAAAUGAUACACAGGAGGAGCAACAAAAUCAAAUCUGAUUAUUUGGGCACCAAAUUAACAACCUUUAGAGAACUCCACACGUACCCUCCUCUCCUUCCUUGAACACCUUUUUCUUCUUUAUCUUUCCACUUCUUACCUUAUAGCUUGCAGUUCUUAAUUAAUUUUUUAACAGAAGCAGGCUUGGAUGUUUUCAGAGAAAGGUGCGUAGGACCCAAAAGGAAAGGAUUUAACCCAAGAUGUACAAAAAGAAAAUACUUCCUGCAGCUUCUGUAUAUUAUGUUUUAUUCGGAACUACUUGGAGAAAAUUUAAAGAUUGAAAUAAGAGGCAAUAAAACCAGUAAAAUACCUUUAACAGUACAAAAAUAGGUAAUAAUGGCAAGGUUUAAAAUGGUCUUGCCCAGAUCCUCUAGUCUUCACCAGUGGAACAGUUCUGCUGCUGACAGGAGAGUAGGCAAAAGCUACCACCAGCUGAAACAGAGCAUUUGGGGAAGGAGCAGAGCCGGGAUGCAAAAGAAUUUGCUGGAUUGGGAGCUGGCUUCUGCCAGGGCAUGACUGCACCAGCUUGGGAGCCAAUGUAGUCAAGAAGCUACACAUUGGGGCAAAACUACCACCUGAAAUGGGUUCAGAAAACCAUUCUAAUCCAGAGAAUCUGAGCUGAACCACCAUCACUUGUUCCAUAACAUUGUUCUAAAAGGCAUGUCCCAGGCAAGUAGACAAUUUCAUAGCUCCAAGGAGGGCUUCUUUUAGGAGUGAUUGUAAUAUAGCCUUGUGAAGAGGACCAGGAACCACACUUUGCACAAAGAGGUGUAAAUGGUCAGUCAGAUAGGCGCAGCUGGCCUCCCUCAGUUAGCUAGAACUAGCAAAAAACAUCAAGGUUCCAAAGCACAGAUCGUUUGUUGGACUGUUGCAAGGAUCUUGACUAUGAACUCUGCUUACACCCACAGAAAUUCAUCCAAGCAAGAACAAUAAGACGAGACUGAGGGCAGCUUGGCUAGGGGCAUUGUCAUUAAAGGGGAUUACGGAUUGGAGUGGAUGUGGGAAAUUCUGUCUGCUAAAUGCUAAGCAAACAUAUCAAUAGCUUACAGAGCAGUCAAGGGUACAGUAUAGAAGCCUAGGACUAAUUAAACCGUAUAUUCCUUGGAAUGACUCCACUAGACAAUACUGAGCCAGUGCAAUGAAGAUGGAGAGGAAUGUGUGCUUUGCUGUCCUUGUUGCCACAGAAGGUCUUCAUAUGGACUGUAAUUAGUGCUUUGUCUAACCCAGCCCCAAUCUGUUGUCUUCACCCCUGCUCUACCUUUAUCCAGACUCUUAGAUUGUCAGCGAUACUAAAGAGCAGCAUGUUGGGGACAACAGAGUAACUUUGAGCAUCUCCACAAAAAGCAUUUUUUUGUCGAUUUUGGGUAGAACAGACCAUUUUGAUGAAGCAGCCAAGGAUUUCCCCUCACAAUAAAAAAAAACCCCAGUUGCUUCUAGAAAUAGCAGCGGAGAAGUCCAGCAGUGUCCCACCUUCAUUUUGAACAGAUUACCCCAGUAGGAAUGAUACUGGGACUUAAUACUCUACCUGUUCAUGAUAGCAGCAACUGAGGUGAACCAAAAGAUUUAGGGCAAUGUUCUUUGUGUGCAAAUUGCUUCUCUCUCUGGAUGUCCACUUCCCCCGUCCCCUAGAUACUGUAUGUGACUACUAGUUCCCAGCACUGAAGGGUGGGACUUCUGAGACAUCACGAUGUGGUUGGCCUGGGGGCCUUGAAUCCACCCAAGUUCUGUUUUCAGUUAGCUAGAACCAAGGUCACUUGCCAGGCCUUUCCAACCCCUUCUAGGCCCCUGAUCUAUCUUGGAAUUGAAGCAUGUUUAAAAUGGAAUGACUCAAAACGAGAGUGAGAAAUGCACUAAUGACAAUCUGAAUUCUCUGUGACCUAUCUCAGGAACUCUGUAGUACACCCCUCUCCUCUAAGCCUAGGGAGACUGCUAUGUGCACAUUUUCUGCCUUUGUCUUUUAAGCUCAAUGUUACUGUGAAUAACGGCAGCUCGGGCUGCCUGCUUUCUUCAAGCUAGCCAGCUAUUUCUACAUACUUGGAAGACUUCUAGGUAUGCAGAAGUAUGUAAGCUUUGUCAAUGAAAGAACAUAAAGUUCCCCCUCCCCUGGCGAUCAGCCCAGUGUGGACCAAGUAUGCUCGUUGGUUUCAAGGAGUCAUAUAAUUUUAGUUGUCAGCUGGAAAGCCAGGGGUGAAGUGAGGGAAUUGGCCUUCUUGAACCCUUAACAGCUAACAGUUUUUGGGAGAAAGCUUGGUUUGGUACUUCUCUUAGGGGGUGAGGAUACUUUAGCAGUUUCUCUGCAGGUUCUGCUUGUCUCCACCAAUUUCCUGACCUGCACACAGUUUUCAAAAGCAAUAACUGUGUACUUUCCCAGAAAAAGCUGAAAAACAAUAUACGUAUUUGGUAUUUAUAGGCUACAAUUCCAGUGUUCAGAGUGCUCCUUACAACUUAUUUCAGCAAUCCUUAAAAUAGCUUUGCAAGGUAUCCCAGCAUUAUCCUCCUGUUACAGAAGGGAGAGUGGAAGAAGAGUGACUUGCGUAAUAUUAUCAGCUCCCGGUGGGUCCAGAUUCUGUGGCUCUUACAGAUGUUUUUUUGUUGAUGGAAAAUCAGAUAGCUAAGAUUAAGCAGCACCCCAUUCACCCCCAUUCUCAUUAUGAUAGGGGUUUUUGACUCCCUUCACUACUAUAUCCUCCACUCCCCUUCUGCUAAGCUACUUCUGCUGAGCUUGACUUUCAUCUGUUCUUCUCUCAUGCUCCUCACAAGUCCUGCUUGGCCUGAUUUUACCAGCUGUUUUUAAAAACAAAUGGGAUGCAAAUGACAUUCAGUUUCUUGGCAAGUCCUCCUCGGCCAGCUUAAUCCAAGGAAGGAGAUGCAUAGAGAAACAAGCAGCUGCACACAUCUGGCAUCCAGGCUUCAGGGGCCAUGUUCUACAUGGUAGAAGUGGGGGAGUACGUCUAUUGUCUUGUUGAAUUGCCAUUUCAGAUGCCAGAAUAUGAUCCCUUUGUUAAUUUGAGCUCCGUAGCUGUUCCUUUCCUUCUGUGGUGGGUUAAAGGCGCAGUUCUGUUCUGUGGUGCUGCAGGCAGGGUUUCAUUUCCCACUGUAUGGGUCUGAAAUAUGCUCUCUCCUGCCUUUCCUUUCCCCCCUUCUUCACCCUCUUGCAGUAGAAGAGAGGUUAAUCAUUUCCUUUCGAAUAACACAACUCUGACAACAGCCACAAAAUAAAUUGCACACACCCUGAAGCUAUUUGCCCUGGAAGGGAAGUUGCUCUUGGUAUCUAGGAGUUCCCCUCCAAGGAAAAUUUCAACAUUGGGGGCAGUUUUGUUGGAGCUGCAGUGUGGGUGGUGGGUGGGUGGGAGGUUGAAAGCCCAACUGUGCUAUGGUUAUGAUCCAGAUCAGGAUGCGGGUGGGAGUAGCAGCAGCUAUUUUAUUUUUUAAAAUAAAAAUAAAUAUGCACAUGGUGAAAUGUGAAUGCAUUUUUUAAAAAAAAUAGUUUGGCCUGUUACAAAAUAGAGUUUGAAAUGUGGCAGUGAGUCUUCAAAGAGUAUCAUUCUCAACACGAAAAUGAUAAAUCAGCUGAAAUCUGCAUAAAGCCAAAGCAUAUGACCCUUGCGGUAUUUUUGAGGGAAGGGUAGGACAGGCACCUAUUAGGAAUAUUACAAAAGCCAUAAUGUUCCCAAAGUACUAAGUUAGCUGGUUCAUAAUAUGAAUUUGAACAUCUCAAAAUGCUCAGAUAUAUUAUGACUCAAACAUUUUUUCUGACAUUCCACUCCAUCAAGGAAUGUACAAUGAGAUUCUGCACAUGUGCAAAAAGUAUGUUUAAUGAAAUCGAACAUUUCACUGAACAUCCAAGCAAAUCGCACAACCAUUGAUGGUGGUUUCUGUUCCUUCCAUUCUUGGACACUAAUAUUAGCUCAGACAGAAGACAUGCCCCCCCCCCCCGAUUUUUUUAAAAAGGCAAAGCUGUGGGGAAUGGUGUAUUACAGGUCCACAAAACACAAUGCAGGGAGAUUGCCAAGUGAUGAGAAUAGCGAAGCUAUACAGUCCCUAGGUUUAUCUGACUAGGCAACAGGAAACGCCUCAAAUCUGACUGACCUGCUGCAUAAGCAAAGGACCUUUCUUGGCUUGCUAAAUCAUCCUUCCUGCCUCUGUUUUCCUGAUUUUCCCCCUUAUUGUGAAGUAAAAAACUAUCACCGUUGAUGACAUAGCUACACAUUCUCCUGGAGACAAGCACAGAGAUUGGUAUCAAGUGUAUUCUGAUCCCCACUCCCUGCACAAAUGUUCAUCAUCUGAGUUUCAGGGUUAAAUGCAAAUCAGAUGCUUUUAAUAAUAAUAAUAAUAAUAAAUUUUAUUUAUAUCCCGCCCUCCCCAGCCGAAGCCGGGCUCAGGGCGGCUAACAACAAUAAAACAGUACAAAAGUACAGCAUAAACAACAGUCUAAAAUCAUUCGUUAUAAAAUUAAUUAAUUCAAGCCACUGGCAACCAUUGGGCCAGAGCUCCGCGAAGAUUGCCGAGGGAGGGAGUCAGGCUGUGCCCUGGCCAAAGGCCUGGUGGAACAGCUCUGUCUUGCAGGCCCUGCGGAAAGAUGUCAAGUCCCGCAGGGCCCUGGUCUCUUGUGACAGAGUGUUCCACCAGAUCGGAGCCACAGCCGAAAAGCCCUGGCUCUAGUUGAGGCCAGCCUAACUUCUCUGGGGCCUGGGACCUUCAAGAUGUUUUUAUUCGAAGACCGUAAGUUUCUCUGUGGGGCAUACCAGGAGAGGCGGUCCCGUAGGUACGAGGGUCCUAGGCCGUAUAGGGCUUUAAAGGUUAAAACCAGCACCUUAAACCUGAUCCUGUACUCCACCGGGAGCCAGUACAGCUGGUAUAGCACCGGGUGAAUGUGAUCUCGCAGCGAAGACCUCGUAAGGAGUCUCGCUGCAGCAUUCUGCACCCGCUGGAGUUUCUGGGUCAGUCUCAAGGGCAGCCCCACGUAGAGCGAGUUACAAUAAUCCAGUCUGGAGGUGACCGUCGCAUGGAUCACAGUGGCUAGGUCAGGGUGAGAGAGGUAAGGAGCCAACUGCUUAGCUUGGCGGAGAUGGAAAAAUGCCGCCUUUGUUAUAGCUGCAAUCUGCGCCUCCAUGGAAAGGGGGUGUCGAAGAUUACACCCAAACUCUUAACGGACGGUGCUGGCACUAAUUGCGCCCCCGCAAGAGAUGGGAGUUGCCCCCCCAAUCCCAUAUCGCCCCGUCCCAGCCACAGGACCUCUGUCUUCGAAGGAUUUAGCUUCAACCGGCUACUAGAGCUACAUAUUUUUAUUUUUACUAUUAGAGCUGGUACUGGAGCUAGGAAAGAAGAUGCAUUGAAAAUAAUUUCCUUUUAUGCCAGUUGUUUUCCUUCCUUUGCAAGCCAACUCUGAAUCAAGCUACAUGGAGUUUGUUUAUCACUAUUUUUAAAGCAGGGAAGAUGUUUUAGCUGAUACAGGUGGAGCUAUAUUAUAGAAUUCCCUGGGACACACAAGUAAAAUGUUUGAAAUUCAUUCCAGUUGCGUAGUUUGGGCUUUCCAUACAUGUGGAUAUUAGGUACCAGAUUCUAGACUGUUUUUGGCCUCUUAACAGCUUGCUUUUUUGCACAAUUCUUGCAGGCUCAAAAGGAGGAAGAUGGCAGACAAGGUCCUGCCACAGAGGGUAAGUGCUCCUUGUCUGAGAGAGCUCUUGGCCUUAAUGAAGGAUGCAGGCAGUAGGCACAUGUGGUGGAAAUGGGUAGAAACGGAUUGCAGGGCUCAAGGCCAUGCCAGCUCUUUCUAGAAAAAUUAUUCAGGUGUGCAGUUUUUUUGAGUGAGCUGUUCCUAUGUAGUUGUGGAAUGGGAGGAUAAUAAACCCAGUAUUUUAGAGGGUGUUGGAACAUUUUGCUGCAUAUGUCACAGCUGUUCCCACUGGGAAUUCCAGUCCAUUAUUACAAUUGUUAAUCAACUUUAAUUUGCAAAGUAAUUCACUGAUUAUCCUCAAAACAAUCAUAGAAAGGGCAAUAGUGAUUGUGAGAUGGAAGGAUAUUGACCCUUUGCUAAAGGGGGAUAAAGCUUUAUUGUCCCCUUUUCCCAAUGAUAUGCAGAGCAGGGCUAGGUCAGCCUUCGUGCUGGGAAUGAUGGGGAACAUGAUACAAAUCUUGGAUAAUUGUACACAUUGAAAUUCCCCUUCUGUGUAAUUACUCAGAGGCAAAGGAUGCUUGUCUUGAUAGAGAUGGCAUUCUGAUAGACUCUGUCUUCACAGAUUCGUGAACUAGUCCCAGAGUCUCAGGCCUACAUGGAUUUGCUGGCCUUUGAGCGCAAGCUGGACCAGACAAUUGCCCGCAAGAGGAUGGAAAUCCAGGAGGCAAUCAAGAAACCUUUGACGGUGAGGAGGGAUGGAAGGAGACUGAGUUAGUCAAGUCCUUCAGGGAUGGAGAAAGCGAAAGGAUCAGUUCCUUUGGGGUGUUCCUUGGCAGUCUGAGGCUUCAGUUAUAGAAGCAACUUACACUGCCAGCUCAGAUUGCCAUGGGAAGAAGGACCAGACCUGUGGAAAGGAAUUGGUGUGUGGUUGAAUUGAUCCUAUUGCUGUCCUUAGUGAAUGUUUCUCUCCAAACUUCAGCAAAAGCGGAAGCUUCGCAUUUACAUCUCCAAUACCUUUACGCCUGGCAAGGAAGAAUCUGAAGGCAGUGAACGCAUAGCUUCGUGGGAACUUCGUGUGGAAGGCAAACUCUUAGACGAUGUAAGGCUGAAACAUCCCUGCUGAUAGGUAGCUUUGUGGAAAGUGGCUGAUGUAGGCUUCCCUGGAGAUUGGUUCAGGGUAAACCCCCUAUAUCACUCAUACAUGCACACAUGGGCGCACCCAAUUAUCUCAGCUAGCCAGCUCUGCACCCUUAGCUGUUGUCCAUACAGGAGUCGUCUUGUGUGUCUUCCCUUCACCUUGUCCUGCUUGUGCAAACCAAAACCUAUCUAGUUCAACAUCCUGUUUCCCACUGUAGCCAACCAGAUGCCUAUAGAAAGCGAACAAGCAGACAUGAGGGCAAUAGAGCUCUCCUGCUGUUGUUUCUCAGCAGGAGUUUCCUGGAACCUGCCCCCUGCCCAUUCAUUUUUUUAAAAUUACGUCUUUUGUUGACUGCAGUAGCUGAUUCCAGGGGCAAGUUACGUAUUUUUGUUUGAUCAUAUUUGAGUUCCUUAAGAAUUCUUGGGUAUAUACUAUAUGGACAUGAUAAUUUGCUAAUUUUUAAUUGUCAUUAAGACCUGGAACUUCAUCUCUUGAUACAGUUAUUUGUUUUAGCUCUUCCGACUCCCUUCUGGAAAAAGACAGUUUGAUGUUUCCCUUUCAACUUGGCCGCAUGUUAGCACCAUAAAUCCCCACCUCCCAGAGUUUGGAUUGACAAAUCUAAUUGAAAGGAUCCAAAUGAUCUCAUUGCUGAAGAACAUAGCAGAAGUCCAUUCUUUCUUUCUUUUUUUUAAUGAUAUUUAUUGAAAAUUUUAGAAUUACAAAAGAAAACAAAGAAGAAAAAAAGAAAGAAAAAACAAAGAAAAGACAAACCACAAUCAAACAAUACAGAUUAAUAAAAAUCAAGAUCAGAAAAUAACACAACACAAUUAAAAAACAAAAAUAUGUCACAAACAUUUAAAAACAAAUCCAAUAUUCUCAACUCUUUAACUGUCAUUUUCUUCUUUCUUUGACCUCCUCCUCCUCCCUUUUUUGUAUCCUAGUUGUUAAUUGUCGCAGCAAAUCCUUUCCAUAUUUCAUAAUAUUCUGUCAUUACUUUACCUUAAUCUAUUUUAAUCUUAUCUUACUAUGAAAACCUUAAAACUUAAAACUUAAAUCUUAUUUUUACCAAUUUCUCAUAACCAUAAUAUUCUUACAUAAUUCUUUAAACAUUUUUACUAGAGCCAAAUAAUUUCGUUUCAACAUCUUUCUAACAUUCAUCAAUUUUAUAAAACAAUCAUAAUAAUAAUAAAAAAAUAACAAUCCAAUCUUCAUCCAGCGUCUCUUCCUCCUGGACCCGGGUUUUGUCAGUCCUUUCUAUCCCAUCAAUCUGGCGCAUUAACCUGGUAACCUUAUGUCCGAGGCCCUUAAGUCCCUUCCAUGUCCCUUCCGCAGCUCUUCUUCAUAUUUAUAGCUGUAUUUUCCUUUGUCUCCUAGUUCUUUCACUCUUGGGAACUCCAGCUUGAGAAUGCUUUUGACCCUUCUCGACAAAUCAGCCCCUUUUCCAUAGUCCACACUAAGCUCCAUGUGGUAUUUAAGAACAUGUUUCAAAGUCCCUCCAAAAUUGAGAGCCCCCACAACCCCAAACAUCUCACGGCCCAUUGCCAGACUCGAAAAGUCCAAACCUCCCUGCAUAAUCUGUAACAGCUGCGGGCUCCCCGAUUCAAAAUCGGUUACAGUUUCACAGGCUCCCUCUAGGGGAAGAACUUCUGUUUGUUCUUUUCUUUUAAAAACAGAUCUAACAACAAAGUUUCCUUUUUCAGAUAUUUUGUCAAUAUUUGUUCCUUUAAAAUGCGAAGGGGAACAAUGGAAUCACUAUGUAUCUCUUCCUUUAGCUAUCUGUCAGAAACGUUUGUCUCUGGUCAAUGAGCUUCAAAAAACGUCAGUCCUGACACCCCGCUCCAGGAUCAAGACGGUGGAAAGUUACUUUACUUUACACUCACUUCUGCAGGUUUAAACAGUCUGGAAAAAAUCCCCCCUCUUCUCCUGCUUCCGAAGGGGGUUCAACAAUUUUAAAUGAUGAAAGUUAAUCCUUUAGAAACGAUUUUCAGAACUCUAGUUUGUCGUGUCUUUGCUUUAAUCUAUCUACAAAGAAACGGAAGGCUGACUUCCUGUUUAGACCUUCCCGUUUCAGUGCCAAAUUAAAUUAAACUUUUAAGUCCAGUUUUCCUUUCUGCUCGCAAAUCCUUAUUUAGAGUCCAAUUGUCCAAAACUUAAGUACUCACGGGUGGUUGUUUUAAAAGCCAAAUUGUCCCAGGAAAAAGGCAGCGCUCUCCGGCAACGGCUGUGCGGCUUCGCUCCACGGAAGAAGCAGUUGACUCUCAGCACCGCGCCACUUCCCCCUCUUCGCUCCGGAGCCCGUUAGUGGGUUCCUUUGCGGGUUGGGGGGGCGCUAAAGGUGCCCGCCGAGUCCCAUGGUCACAGGCUUCAUCCGCCUGUGAUUUUUAAAUGGGUCCCCGCUUCGCCGUAGCAGAAAAGACCCGUUUCCCGUGGAGCUGGUCCCUCCAGUUCAGAGGGAGUCCGCCAUUGCCGAUGGCGCCACCCCGGAAGUCAGAAGUCCAUUAUUUCAGACUCCACAACACUAAGGACUGUUCCUCAUUUAACUGGCAACCUUCAUGGAAUGUAGACUUUAUAAAAUUCCCAGUUCUUCCAGAGCUUCUUUCUCCCCAGUCUCAUAGAAAGGCCCUCAUUUUAUUCAGAAAAGCACAAUAACAGUGAUGAUGUCAGUAGUGGCUGUAUUGCUCCCAACAUUGCGCAAGCUAAAUGAAGUCCCUCAUUGGCAGAGUUGGCCCCGCUUGUUUGUCCUUCACUUUUAGAGAUGUGUUUUUGGCAGCGGUGCUGUCUGUGUGCUUCUGGGAAAGGCGGGGCUCAGUUUCUCCUGUGUCUUUCUAUCUCAGCCAAGUAAACAGAAGAGGAAGUUCUCAUCCUUUUUCAAGAGCUUGGUCAUUGAGCUGGACAAAGAGCUGUAUGGCCCAGACAACCACCUGGUGGAGGUAGGUGACUUGGUGCAUGUUGCGUGUUGGGAAAUGGGAGGCAGCUCAGAGGAGCAGAAAUACACAACUGGGGCUGAGAACAGCGCUGUUGACCGAGAGGGAUGAUAGGCCUCAUUUGCAGAUGAUUGGUCAGGUCCGGGAAUCAUAAUUGCUGGAGAGAACAGUUUCCAAGGAGGGGUCAGAUGGUGUUCCUGGAUUUGGUUUAAGAUGAGCUAUGUACUGGCAUCAUGGGGUUUUAUCCAGCUAAGUUCUGUUCCCCCCACCAAUAACCAGUGUUCAUUUCUGUAGAACUUUCCAUUGCAUACAGAAUGCUUCCAGUACUGUCUCAGUUAUCUUCACCGCAAACCUGUUUGGUAAACUAGGUUCUGUGCUACCAUGGGAGCUUAAUGACUGCAUCUCCCAUGUCCAAACCAACAGUUUACUCACUGUCUGUGUGGAGCCCUGUGCUAGUAUUCCUAGAGAAGCCUUUGCAUAUGGUGAUCUCCACUACUUCACACAACAUAGACACAUAACGGCACACUUACUGUAGUUAAAGGUUCCCGAGUGUGUGUGUCCAUAAGAUUGACAUCAUGUAUACAAAUAAAAAAAGAACUUUCCUUUAGCACAGGUGCUAUUGAAGUGUCUUCAGUGCCUUUUUGCACCAUUGUUAGAACUGCGAUAUUUGGCAGUCUCAGUGACUUCAUUUAAAGUGCUUUUGGAUUAAUUGAACAGCAUUGGAGAGGCUUGCAUAGUUCCUUCAGCUAUCGGGGAUGGAGUAAGGGUAGUGGAUAAGGCUGGGCUGUUUCCCAUCUGUGUUCUGUUGAUAUUUGAGAUGAUAAUAGUAUAAAAACUUCUGUAACCCCACCUGAUUAGAAGAGCAAGGGUAAAACAUGAAAACCAACCAUUAAAAUAUCAGCUACAGUGGUGCCUCGCAAGACGAAAUUAAUCCGUUCCGCGAGUCUCUUCGUCUUGCGGUUUUUUCGUCUUGCGAAGCACGGCGCUUAGCGGCUAUUAACGGCUUAGCGGCUUUAAGAAAAAGGAAACAAACUCGCAAGAACUUGCAAGACUUGCGAAGCAAGCCCAUAGGGAAAUUCGUCUUGCGGAACGACUCAAAAAAAGGAAAACUCUUUCGUCUAGCGAGUUUUUCGUCUUGCGGGGCAUUCGUCUUGCGGGGCACCACUGUACUGUGUGGUAAAAUGAACCAGUUUGUUCCCCAUGUUUGUCUUGCACUAUCUCAAUAUGGCUUUUUCCCUCUCAGUGGCACCGGAUGGCCACAACCCAAGAGACAGAUGGCUUCCAAGUCAAGCGCCCGGGCGAUGUCAAUGUGAAAUGCACCCUUCUGCUCAUGCUGGAUCAUCAGGUAACAGGGAACAAGCGCCAGUAGGUGGUGAGAGCAGGCGAGUUGUAGUGCCCUGAAAUUAUCAGGUUCCCAACCACAUUACUUUCAUGGCACAAUCCAGCUUUGAGAUGGGAGGAGAUACAGCAGUACUAGAUCAGAAGCUUCUUUCUCCAUAUUUUAUUAUCACAAAUCGUGUGGCUUUACUUCCUCCAGCUAUAUGUACAGCUGUUCUCCUUCUUGAGGAUACCAUAGUAUUGUGCUGAAUUUGGAUUCCUAUUAAUCUCAGUGCUUGUGAUUUAAAAAGUAAGUUUCCAGCCCAAGUAGGACUAUGAAGAUAGAACUGAGAAUGAGAAGGCACUGGGUUCAGAGGCUGGUGCUCUUGCAGACUUUCUGUUGACUGUAAUUCAUUUGGAGUAUGAAAACAGACUUCCUUUUCAUGAAUGUUUCUGCUUAUGGAUUAGAACUGGUGGGUGGGGUGGGUGGUUCGGAGGCCUGGCCAGAGUCCGCCUGGGAUAACCACUUGGCUACAGAUCGUCUCUCUCUCUUGAUGGUUAUUCAGAUGGGUUCCAUUAAUCAUUCCUGAUUUGGAGAUGCAAGCAGGUUGCAACACUCAGAUUGGUCUGAGGUUACAGAGGACCCUACUUCAAGUGCAUAUUAACCAGGCAAUAUUACCCUUGCAGCCUCCCCAGUACAAGCUGGAUCCCCGUUUGGCUCGCCUUCUGGGCGUUCACACCCAGACUCGGGCCAGCAUCAUGCAGGCUCUGUGGCUCUACAUCAAGCACAACAAGCUCCAGGACAGUCAUGAGCGAGAGUACAUCAACUGCAACCGAUACUUUCGCCAGGUCAGUAAAUACAUGGCUUGCCUCCCUGCCCCAUCUCUUCUUACUUCCCACCCCACCCUUUGCCUCAGGGCUUAUUCAUGGCAUGCUCUCUUUAUCCAUUCUAGAUCUUUGGCUGCAUCCGCAUGCGAUUCUCUGAGAUCCCCAUGAAGCUGGCGGGGCUCCUGCAACAUCCAGAUCCCAUUGUUAUCAACCAUGUGAUCAGGUAGGACUGGCAUGGCAGGAGCUGAAACUGAGCAAGCUCUUAAUUCAGGGGUGGGAACCUGGGGCUACCGAUGUUGGUGGCCUGCAACUCCCAUCAUUCCUGAUCGGUGGCCUUGGUGGCUGGGGCUGAUGGGAGAUGGAGUCCAGCAACACCUGGAGGGUUUCAGAUCUGAAGAGGCUCCCCAUCUGUGCUCUGAUUGGUUGUUAUCUCUCUCUGGAAUGCAGCUUCCAUCAGAGAGAGAAAGGGGAGAUAGUAUAAUCUCAAUCAUGGUAAUAUGUGGGGGGACCCCACCUCUUCCAUGGACAAUCAUAUUUGGCCUUAGGACAAGCCAUGUGCUUCUUGAGUUCCCAUCUGUGAAAUGGGAAUAAUGUUGGCUUGCUUCAUAGAACGGUUUGAGAAGAUAAACAAUAAAUAUUUAUAAAAAUUAGUAUCAGGGUUGGGUGGAGUAUUUCUCCGGGGCAUCUGAAGGAGAUGCUGUUGAUGUAUCUAGGAAGUGAUGGAAGAUUUCUGCCACUGGAGCAGCAUAUAUAAAUGUGGUUUUUGUGUGUGCGUGUGUGUCAGAACUAGUUUCAAGCCUAAAAAAGUUUAGUUUUUCUGUAGUAUCCUUUUGAAAAGACUGUGAGGUCCAUUUAUUUUACUUUCUGAGGUUGAUGUGUUUUCCUGCUUAUGAAAUUUGCUAUGAUGUGGUUUCAUUGUCUGCUUUAAUUUCUAUAUUAUAAUUCUUCCUUGAGUCCAGGAAAGGCAGCAUAUGCAUACUUCAAAUAAAUAAAAAUAUUUUUGGAACAUGCUAUAUUAGUUUCCUUGGAUUCAUAUGUAUUUGUGCAUCCUAAUUUGGGUGUACCCCUGCCAUUCAGAUUACUCUGUUUCUCCUCUGUUGAAGCCCUCAGGGGCAGUUGGGUAUGAGAGAGUCAAUUCCUAACCCUAAUGUUUGUGGGGUGCUGGUGAAGGAACAGCUCUUGGGGAGAUGUAGAUUCUCAGCCCUCAUCCCAGCCUCCUGUCCCUACCCACCCCUCCAGUGUGGACCCUAAUGACCAGAAGAAGACUGCCUGUUACGACAUUGAUGUGGAAGUGGAUGACCCUUUGAAGGCCCAAAUGAGCAACUUCUUGGCCUCCACUACCAACCAGCAGGAAAUUGCCUCCCUGGAUGUCAAGGUAGGUCCCUGGUGACCAUUGGGGCAGGAAGCAGAAUCAAGCAUACCACCUCACAUACUUUGGGGGUGCUGUAAUGCUCGCCUUGCCCUGCAGGGGCACUCAGCUUAUCCCCAAAAUAUAAGCAGGGGAUGCCUCUACCUGUUUUCAAGAUUGUGCGACAUUUACCCAUCCAACCUGGCUUUGGCAAUCUAAUAUUUUGUAUUAAUUUCAAAUUCUGUACUUGCAAUAAACAGUGCAAGUAAAGCAAGGUUGUGCAAGUUGUCCCAUUUUUGUUGAGUAGGCUGCACGUCUUGUUUUCCUACAUAUUGAAGUAGUUUUGUAUAAUCUGAAAUUCUGAAUUCUUUUUUGGGGGGUAUUAGAAAAGCAUUGACUCUGUUACACAGCAAGUAGGUAGGAUUUGGUCUCUUAAGAGCAGGGGGAAUGGGGAGGAGCCAGUUGGCAAGCUGUGAAAAGACUGGCAUCUGGAAAGUUGGAAGUCUAGGCAGAUGGCUGGCUCUCUUCUUGCUGUCUGUAAACAGGUGGGCUAGGAAUCUGCAUGGCAACCAACAGAACCCAUGACAGAUUGGAUUCAGGGUGUUCAGAACAUGGAGUUGAUUUUGGGAGUGGGAUUUAAACAAGGUUUCUAGCUCUGACAAACAGAGACCAGUGAUGGCAGCAGAACAUCUCACCUCCAAGACCAUCCAGUCCUUACUCUAUACAUUUUUUCCUUAUCUUGCUCUCUUCCUCCCACCUUUUUUCUACUUUCUCCCAUCUGCAAAAUUAUGCAAACCCAUUGCAUAAUCAUUGCUGACUAAGCAUGCUAACCUAAUUUGCCAAAGUAUUGUACUGCAGAAAAAAAAAAAAAGCAGGGAUCCUCAUUCUAGAACUCUGGUUAUAUAGCUUGCUCUAGCCUAAGGGGUUAGUAAAAAUUACAGUGAAUGCACAUAGACCUGGGGGGGGGGGGGGAGAGACUGUGCCUGAAGGGCUGGCGAUUAUGGCGGAACAAAGAAAGGAGGGCAGGCUUGAGAGGAAGUUAAACGAUAUAGAAAACUAGGCACUUAAUCUUUCCAAUACUUUGUGUCUAUAUCUGAUACUCCCUUCUCUUUAGGUCUUCCUUCCCUACCCCAAAUUGUCAGGCAACAUGAAGCCAUUGCUUUAUGGUGGAAAGUGCUUCCAUUACUCUUACCUCCAAAUGUCAUACUUCUGUCUCUACUGCUUUCUUCCCUGUCGCCCUGUGCUGGCCCAAACCUGCAGGCUCCUGAAUCAGUAGUCAGGACUUAUUCAGUUUGAGGAGCACUUCUUUUCCUUCAUCAGAACCCCCUAUAUCUUUUAUUCACAUUUAGAUCCAUGAAACCAUUGAGUCGAUCAACCAGCUGAAGACACAGCGAGAUUUUAUGCUGAGUUUCAGCAACAAUCCCCAGGACUUCAUCCAGGAGUGGAUCAGAUCUCAGCAGAGGGACUUGAAGGUAAAUUUAGGGACUGGGCUCUGAAGAAACCAGGUAGGGGUGUGCAAAAGGACUAUCAGCACAAUUCUAUGAAUGUCUGCCCAGAAGGAAAUCCCAGUGAGUUCAGUGGAGCUUACCCCCAGGGAUGUGUGUGUAUAGGAUUGUAGCAUAAGGAUAUGCAUGGUAGUGCUGGGGCUCCUCUUGCAUGACACAGCUUCGGUGCUACAGCUUCUACAGCUUCACAUGCUCCCAGACCACUCGCUGCACCCGAAGUCAUUCAUUUAUUUGCAUCUUGCUUUUCCACAAGAUUGUUCCCAAGGCAUCUCAUGACAUAACAAAUGAAGAGCAAUAAAUAGAAUUCAGAUAUGAACACUUGGAAAUAAUCAGUAUUAAUAUGCAAGCACACUAAUCCAUGGAACAGGGAAAAAAUGGCCAAAUGCAACAGCAAAAGUGAACACAAGAGCAAAUAAAAGCCUGGCACAGAAAUAAAAAUAGCACAAAUGCAAGGCCAAUGAUCUCUGUGUUCCACAAAAGCAACACUGGGUUCCCAUUAAGUUAUAUUCCCGCUUGUGACCCUUGUAGGACAAGACAGUGGGAAUGCCCAGGCCUUUGAUGUUAGUCUCUCUCCGUGCUCAGCCCAAUUCCCUAUAUGUAAGCCAUGUCUAACAUGUUCCCUGUCUUUUGUCCACCUGGUCUAUCCCUUCCUCCUUUGCCAGUUAAAAGAAUUCAGGAACGUUUUGAUUCUGGCAGAAAUGUGCAAAGUAAAUCAUUGAUGUAUUCCAGCUGGAAAUGUGGUAUUUUGAAACUAAGAGAUACCAGUGCCAUGUUUGUGAGCAUCUCAUUGGCCUGUUGCGCACAUUGCUGGGUUAUAGUGACACUGAACAAGGCAGUUUUAGUAAUCUUGCUGCGGUCUCCAUUUUGAAACUCUCUGAACAUUGGCAGCACAGGAAAUAGCUUCCCCUUUCCCCCCAUUUUGCUCUAGAUCAUCACCGACGUGGUUGGGAACCCUGAAGAGGAGAGGCGUGCGGAGUUCUACCAACAACCGUGGAUGCAGGAGGCUGUUGGGAGACACAUCUUUGCCAAGGUUUGAAGAGGCUAUUUCUGCAAAGUGUUUAUAUGGCAUUCCCUAUUAUUUAAAGUCAUGCGGCAUCUUCCCAACCUGGACUUGGCCAUGGAGGGAAGAUGUUAUUUUCAGUUCCAGCACAUCCCCACCCCCCAAUAAUCGCCUUUCUGGCUUUCUUUUUGCCCCUUCCCUGGAUUCCUUUUGUACUGCUGCUUAACAGCUGAUCCCAGCAAGUGAUCUGCAGCCUCCACUUGCUCCAUUCUUCUCCCAUUUACUUUCCUCAGUGAUUGUACACCUGAGAAUCAGACUCUUGCCCUUGGAGAGCAAGGAAGGCCUCACUGUGCUUCUGCCAUGGGAGGCAAAACGUAUGCCUGGCUGUGCUUAUUUGCUCCUGCUCAUCACUGUGACCGUCUUGUAUCUUCCAGGUUCAGCAGCGCAGACAAGAACUGGAACAAGUGCUUGGCGUUCGCCUUACCUAGCGCUGCCACCUUCAGCACCCCUUCUGCACCUUGUGGUACUUUGGAAUGGACCAGCAGCCAGGCAAUGCUUGUCCAAAAUCCUCUGCCUCUAUCAGGGCUGGGGGAGUUCUGCCCCCAUUGACUCAUUUGGGGAUAGGGGGGAAGCUUAUUCAGUAUCCACCUGGGGAUUAUACAAGGCUUAAAACCUCCUUUAGAGAGAAAAGUGAGCUCCUCUCCUUCCUCAGACCCCCCACCCUUUACCCUUCCUAUGCGCUUUGCCUCUGGGACACUGGGAAUUUUUGAGUUGCCUUCUACCUCUUAGCUGAGUCUCAGCAGCCUCCCUUGCAAUGUUGGGUGGCUGCUACUGCUGCUCAAUUUUUAACCAAAGCUUCAUCCAUUCCAAACUGUCAGCCUUGCUUGCUGGCAUUUAGUCUUUGCACUAUCUCUUUUUUUGGGAGCAGGUUUGGUUUUUUUGCAACGGGAAGUUUGUUGUUAAUAUGUAUUGGUGCCCUUCCUCCCUCUGAAACAGCAUGGUUCUGAAGAGGGGUUUGUUUGUUUUGCUGUUCUGUUAAUGACAAUCAGUUGAUAUUUCUUUCGUGGUUCUCCAGCACGAAGUUUAAAAAGUGAAUAGUGGAGACCUGUUCCUCUUCGGUCAAGGCCACAUGUACUGCAGGAAACAUUUGAGGCCACCAGCCAAGGGGAGAUUUGCUUGAGCCUUCUUGCCACCCCCCACCCCAAGUGCCUUCAGUCCCCAAGCUCCUGGCCCCUCGGCACUUAAAUCUAGAAUAUAUCCUCCUUGCUUUCUGGUCCUCCUCUCGAGAUGUAGUUGGCCAAGUAGGAGCUGAUGGGAUGUUCACUCACUAUGAACAAGAAUGUUACCAGUUUCUAUGUUGAAUGUUUUCUAAUAAAAGUACUCUUAAGCAGCAGCUUGAA